GCUCUUAUAAUCGUAGUUUGCGGCGCCACCUCCUGUGCUUUCUGUUUGGUGUUAACUUAAUCCAUCCUUAAUCCAGAGCACGAUCACGGCAAAAUAAAUAAAGUGAAUAACGUACGUAGUGUAAUGAAAUAUUUCCAGGUUCCAUGGCUAUCAUUGCCGAAUGGCCUUGCACGUUUUUUCAGUGAUUUAAUCAUUAUAUUGAUACUGCAAUGUACGUAAACAUUUGAUAUCUGCGUUGAGAAAGAACGAAGAAGUUGAUGAGAUUUCUACAAUGGAUUCCAAAUAUACCUCAAUGGGCAAGCAGAAUGGAGGCAAAAUUGAUAACUUUAAGAGAAAAACCUUUAUGGAAAACUUAAAUGUUAAAAAGAAAAAAUCCUGCAAUACAGAAAAUAAACCUUUGAUUACUAAUGGUUGUAAGCCUCAAAAUGGAAUUGAGAAAUCUCCAGUAAAACAAGCUGUUGUAGAAAACCUAUUGGAAGCAAGAAAACGUUUGCCCGUGUAUACAGUUAGGGGCAGACUAUUGGAAGAAAUUAAGAAAAAUGAUACAAUGAUAUUGAUUGGUGAAACUGGCAGCGGGAAAACAACUCAAAUACCUCAGCUGAUUCAUGAACAGCGUUUAGAAGGAGCGGGAUGCAUUGCUGUGACACAACCGCGAAGAGUUGCAGCCAUCACUAUUGCUAUCAGGGUUGCUGCUGAAAUGAGCACAAAUAUUGGGAAUAUUGUAGGGUAUUCGGUUAGAUUUGAGGACAUGACUAGCCCUAGAACCAAACUAAAAUACUUGACAGAUGGUAUGUUGCUCAGGGAAGCCAUAGUUGAUCCUCUGCUGAAGAAGUAUUCCAUCGUGGUGUUAGAUGAGGCCCAUGAACGCACAGUUAGUACUGAUGUGCUCUUUGGCAUUGUUAAACUGGCGCAAAAGGAAAGACUAGAAAAGAAACUAAACCCUCUUAAGGUCAUUGUGAUGUCCGCAACAAUGGACGUAGACACCUUCAGAACAUACUUCAAUAACUGCCCAGUGAUAUAUUUAGAAGGCCGGACGCACCCUGUUACUAUCUACCACUCAAAGAUGAAACAGGAGGAUUAUCAAUAUGCUGCAGUGUGCACACUGUUUGAACUUCAUAGAACUAUGCCUGCAAACAAUGAUUUUCUGGUGUUUCUGACGGGACAAGAAGAAAUUGAAACAGUCAUGUACAACAUUAAGCAAAUAGCUAAAGAAGCGCCUGGCCCUCCUUUAUUAGUAUGUCCCCUAUAUGCCGGACUCCCUGCAGCCAAGCAAUUGCAGGUGUGGAAGCAGACACCGGCAGGGAUGAGGAAAGUUGUUCUAGCCACUAAUAUCGCAGAGGCUUCUGUCACUAUCCCACAAAUAAAAUGUGUUAUUGAUACAGGAGUUGUAAAGGAAAGGACUUGGUGCACAGCGACCGGGGCGGAGCGCCUGCGAGUCCGCGCGUGCGCGCAAGCAGCGGCGUGGCAGCGCGCCGGCCGCGCGGGCCGCACCGCCGCCGGCGCAGCCUACCGCCUAUUCACCGCUAAGGAUUUCGCGUCCCGGCCAGCGCACAGUACCCCCGAGAUUGUCAGAUGUCCACUGGCGCCUACGAUACUGUUGUUGAUCGCAGCAGGCAUUGAACCUAGCACGUUCCCACUUAUAGAUACACCGCCGAUGGACUCUAUCAAUGCCUCAUUAACAUUAUUAAAAGAACUUGGUGCUAUUGAUAAUGAGGCUAGUCCAAAGUUGACUGUUCUGGGGAAAAAAAUGGCAUCUUUCCCAAUUGAUCCCAAAUACGCUAAAGUACUUCUGAGUGCACCAGAAUUCGACUGUCUUGACGAGGCGUUAAGUUUAGUCGCCAUGUUGUCGAGCGAAAACAUCUUUCACACGCCUAUGCACAAACGGGAAGAAGCGCUAAAAGUCAAGCAAAAAUUCAUCUCGCCUUUGGGUGAUCACAUGACCCUUUUAAACGUUUAUAAAGCAUUUUGCAAAGCGCCCUUGAAAAAGCAAUGGUGUAAAGAAAACUAUUUAAAUCACAAGAACUUGGUGUACGCCAGUGAGGUACGUCAACAACUGCUAGCAAUCUGUCAGCGACUGAACCUGGCCGUCGCAAGUUGUGGCAACGCUACUGAUCAGCUCCUUAAAUGUCUGGUGAGCGGUCUAUUCACAAACUGCGCGUGGAUCCGCGGCGGGGCGGGGCCGGCGGCGGGCGGCGCGCGCUACGUGACGGCGGGCGGCGCGGCGGCCGCGCUGCACCCGGCCGGCGCGCUGCACGCCGCGCGCCCGCCGCCGCCCGCCGUGCUCUACACGGAGCUGCUGCACACCCGCCGCGCCUACCUCGUCACCGUCUCCGCCGUCCAGGCGCAGUGGCUGCACCAGCUCGCGCCCGACUACGCCCGCCGCUGCCGCGCGGGCCGGUGACGCGCGGCUAGCCGCCGGGGAUAGUGCGAGUGAGUCGAUAUGACGAUUAAUCGCUCCAUUUUGGACCUGUGACCUUAGCUCUAUUUUUACCACUAUAGUUUUAAAAUCUCUCCUACAGUUAAGAAACUAAGGGAGAUUUUCUUACAGAGACGUGUCGAUCUAGCUAAAGCAGAGCGUAGCUAUAAUAGGUCUAGGCGUGUAAUUGUGUCAUUUUAGUUGUAAGUCUACUGUCAAGAGUAUUGUGUGACUUAAUUUGAUUACCUAAACAUGCUUUGUAAACGACGAAAAACUGUGAUCACGCUCCCCGUUUAGCUACUUUCGCGUUCGAUUAGAAAGGCAUUGCAUGUCUAAAAACCAUAGUGCUCGUCGUAAGUAAGAAAUUCAGGUGUCAAAGAUGUGUAUUGAUGUAGUUUGUUGCCUAUAAUAUACUAAUAUUAAUUGUGAAAAUUUUAAAUCAUUUAUUUACAUACAAUAUAUAUACAGUGGUACAACUAAACGAAAUUAAUAACUAGCUUAAAUCUAAAAUAGGCCCCUGAGGCAUUGUACCAAGGAUGCUGGCGGCAUUUCCCCGCUGUAUCGGAAUACUGAUACGUUGUGCGGGGUAGCCGCCAGCUCUUCGGUCACCAGUUACGUCAGCCAGACGCUUCGCGAUUUCUGCGAACAACUUAUGCGGCUGGGACCCCAUGGACCUAGAGUUUCAACUCCAAAUGGUACAAAAUAGUACUCUCUACCGAGGCUCUUAUAUUUGUUAUGUUUUAGAAUUUCGGCGCUUUCCGCCGCCCCGCCCGCUUUUACAGUAGUCCGUUGGAGGUGGGACGGUGCCAGCGUGUCUACAAAUUGUCUAUGUGUUAAAAUUAAAUCAAUGAUCGGACUAGCAGAUAAAAUAAGGACGGGCUUUAGACAAAAUGAUUCAACAGAUGUUCAACACUAUAAUGUUUAAAUGAUAAUUAUAAAAUUUAUGGUAAAUAGUCAAUUGUCGUCCCAAAAUGAUGUGAACACAAGGCCGACAAAUGCUAUUCUGGCCUAAGUAGUAGUAUUUCAUAUCCAUUUCAUUUCAAAUACUUAUAGCUGUGCAAAAAUAGAGCCUAAGGCAGUUGAGCGGACUCAUGUCUGUAGCCACAUCAUAUACCUUGUUGACUCUGUAUGAUUCCACGUUCAGAAAAUGGCAAGGCGCCAAGCCCAUCUAAAAUAAAACAGAAGUUUGGGUGUUUCAGAUGACGGGCAACAUUUGUGGGCCGACUUUUAUUUUGUUGUCGAAAUUUUUAUUCGUUAGAUUUGGAUAAAAUUUGGCUGCUCUGAAAAGCUCCUCAUUUUGGGACAAAAAAGUGUAUGUGAUUUCCGUUGAAGUAUAUACUCGUACUCACGUUUUCGUAACUCAGAGGAAGAUUUAUUAGGACGUGGACAUAGGUACGGUGAAUUUUAUGAGUAGGUACCUACCUAAAGUGAUGAAAUGGGAGUGACAUUGAAUAACGAUGAUUAAGUACUUGAUUUUAAAAUUGAUUGGACCCUUAAAGUUAUUCUGUGGAUUAUUGUUAUAUAGGUUUUACGGUACCAUUAUUGUAAAAUACUGUAAAUAAAAUGUUUAAUUACU